AAAAUGUGCAAACUCUUCGUCGCCGUUGCACUUCUCGCUGUUGCCAUCUAUGCUGCUCCACCAGUACCACCAAGUGCCGAGGAGGUGAAAGCUCAACUUGUCGCCGCUGGGCUCUCGGAGACUUCUGCCGCAGGAAUCGUCGAGGUUGCCGAGAAGUACAAGACUCAACUCGAAGCUCUCAAGGAUAACAAGGACGAUAAGGAAGCAAUAAAGAAGGUUUUCGAGGAGAUCAAGACUGACACGGAUGCCUACAUCAAGACUCAACCAGAAGCUGAUCAGAAAGCUUAUGCCACCUAUAUCGAGUCUAAGAAGAAGGAAUUCGAGGGACACCACUCUACUCCAGCUCACUAAAUAUUUUCUGAUGUUGUUGCUCGAAAUGCACAUAUAUACAUUUUCCCUUGACUUUUUGUAUUGAAUGAAUCGAAUUUUCUG